UUGCAAUAGACAAUUGUAGAAAACCACAUUAAUUUCAAGUUUAAAUUCAUACAAAUGGCUCAUCUUUCUGCUGAAAUGGAGACACUAAAUCAAGUUCUGUCUCUAAUGGAAGCAUUCAAAGCUUUCGACGGAGACAACGAUGGCUGCAUCAACGAGGCCGAACUAGGGGGAAUCAUGGGGUCACUUGGGUACAAAGCUAGUGAUCAAGAAGUGAGAGCAAUGAUGCAACAAGGUGACAAGAACAAAGAUGGGUUAUUAUGCAUAAAUGAGUUCUUAGAGAUGAACACAAAGGGUCUGGAAACUGGGAUUCUUGCAAAUGUUCUAAGUGCAGCAUUUGAAGCUUUGGAUGAAGACGGGAAUGAGAUUUUGACAGGGGAAGAGCUACAUGAGGUGAUGGAAAAUUUAGGUAUUGGGUUGUCUUUAGAAAAAUGUGAGAACAUUGUUACUUCUCUUGAUGUGGAUGGUGAUGGAGCUGUGAGCUUGGAUGAUUUCCGACUCAUAGUGGAUUCCCUACUUUAAGAUACAUAGUCUAUAGCAGGCAUGGUGUAUGAUCAAUCAAAUAAUAUGUAUCCAAAAAAUAUCAAAAAAUAAUAAGAAUAAGCACUUAUAGUAUAAA